AUUCAAAAAUGACAGGCACAAGAACUUUUUUUGUUGGUGGUAAUCAUAAAAUGAAUGGUUCAAAAUCAAUGUUAGAAUCAUUAUGUACUGGUUUAAAUGAACAAGUCGAAAAAAAAGAUAAUGUUAAAGUUUUUAUUGCACCAUCAUAUCCAUAUUUAGACUUUGUUAAUAAUAAAUUAGAUUUAAAUAAAAUUCAAACUAGUGCACAAAAUUGUUAUAGUGAAGCUAAAGGUGCAUUCACUGGUGAAAUUAGUGCCAAUAUGGUUGUAGAUCUUGGUAUUCCAUACGUUAUUAUUGGUCACAGCGAAAGAAGAAAUGUUUUCAAUGAAUCAAACCAACUUAUCACAAAAAAAACCAAAUAUGCCAUCUCUUUAGGUCUCACUGUUAUUCUUUGUCUUGGUGAACAUUUAGCUGAUCGUCAAAAUAACAAGACUGAAAAAGUUUUAGACUCUCAAUUAGAAGAUUUCAAAUCAUUCUCUGCUGAUGAAUGGAAGAAAAUCGUUAUUGCAUACGAACCAGUUUGGGCUAUCGGUACUGGUGUUGUUGCUUCUCCACAACAAGCUCAAGAUACCCAUGUUUACAUUCGUAAAUGGAUCGCUGAAAAUGUAUCCAAAGAUGUUGCCAAUCAAACCAGUAUCAUGUAUGGUGGUAGUGUUGGUGCUUCAAAUUGCUCCGAUUUAUCAAAACAAGCUGAUAUCGAUGGUUUCUUAGUUGGUGGUGCCUCUUUAAUUACCAAUGAUUUUGUCACCAUCAUAAAAUCUGCCACACCAAAGACUUUCUGAAUGUCUAAUCUUUAAAAAAAGAAAAAAAAAGAAAAAUCACUAUAAAAAUUAAUGAUUUUUAAAUAAAAUAAAUUAUUUAUGUAUAU